CACCGCACGGUAUGGGAAAAGACGCCGUGACUUGCCAGACUUGUAAGAGAGUCAAAAAAGUAAAAAAACGUAAAAUGGUUGCAGUUCGUUUUGGGACGGGAAAGGGAAAGGGCGGAUGUCCUGAUUGGGUCCGGCCGGCCGUGUUGCUGUCAGCCAGCCAAUCACCAUCCUUGACGCUGUGAAAGUGGAUACCCAACAGCCCCAUUUGGCCAGUGGAUGCCACCCAAUCAACGCCCGGUCGAAGCAGAACAUCCAGCGCCUGCAGCUCUAAAUUUAGCCGCCCGGGUUGGUGUGCAAAGGCUGGAAUGUGCAUCAUGGGCGCCAAAAGCACGCAAAUCAGAUGCCAGAUUCAUCCCAACAGCGGCAUGUCAGAGCCACCCCAUCCCAGCAUCCUCCUCCAUGCUUUCCUCCUCUUCCUUCCCUUUUUCCCCCUCCUCCAUCCUGGUCGUGGCAAGUAACCAGUCAGGUUGGCCCCAUCGCCCGGGGGAUGAAGGGAACGGAAGGAAUUGGACGGGAAAAACUGGGAAGUGAUGGUCGAGUGGGUAAGGUUCCGAUACGGCGACAAGGGGGGUGGAGAACAGUCAUGAAAAUCAACUGGGGGGAAGGUUCCUCUCCAACAUCAUGAGUUGCAAUCG